UGGACAUGAUGGUAGUCAGUUAGCCUGCUAGCCAUUUUGGGCUGUUUAUUAUCAUGGUAAAAUGUUCGGUGAUAAGUGAUAACUCGUCUGUUGAUGAAGGAGGAUGUGGAGGCGAUGUGGCUAAAUGAUGGGAAACGUUUUUGGGAGAAGAAGUCGACCUUCGCGUGUAACGGAACAAGACAAAGCCAUUUUGCAAUUGAAGCAGCAGAGAGAUAAGCUGAAGCAGUACCAAAAGAGAAUCACCCUACAGCUGGAGAAAGAGCGACUUCUGGCAAAACAGUUGCUAAAAGAUGGCAGGAAAGAGAAAGCGCUGCUGCUUCUUAAGAAGAAGCGAUAUCAGGAUCAGCUGCUAGACAAGACUGAAAAUCAGAUUUCAAACCUAGAGCGCAUGGUUCAAGAUAUUGAGUUCAUGCAAAUAGAGAUGAAAGUCAUCGAGGGACUUAAGGUUGGCAAUGACUGUCUGAAGAGCAUGCACGAGAUCAUGUCGAUUGAAGAUGUGGAGAGAAUCCUGGAUGAGACCCAGGAAUCAAUUGAAUAUCAAAGGCAAAUAGAUGAAAUGCUGGCUGGAGCUCUGACGCAGGAGGACGAGGACGCUGUUUUAGCUGAGCUGGAAGCUAUCACUCAGGGAGAAGAUGUAGCACUUCCAGAGAUCCCCACUGAGCCAGUACCAGAGGUCCCAGAGGCUGCAAAAGCCGAACCAGAAAGGAGAGGAGCAAAGAACAAGCCAGACAGAGAGAUGUUGGCAGCCUAACAGGCGGGAUUUGUGGUUGAGAGUUGGCACUAGUUUCAGUAUUUCAUCUUUAAUUGUUAGUAGGUGAGUGUGGGACCUGCAGACGUCAGUGCACCUUCACAUAAUUUACAGAAUCAGCACUGUGUCUGCAGUCUGGCUCACUGCUCCUCUGAAGUAUCUACAUAAAGGAAGUGAAAUGUUGUAUUUCUUUGUGUCUGACUUGGAUAAGCAAAGCAGUGUCACUUUGUAACUUUUCUGGUGUAACAGAAUGAGAGGGAACAUUUUUAGAUGUUUUACACAUAAUUUAAUUUUUUUCCAUAAUAAAUUGAGCUGUG